UCAUAAUGACAGUUACCUUGUCUAGAGAAAUUAGACACAUGAGAUGACUGAGGCAGCCCGUACAAUCUGCGAACUUCCAACUCUCUAUAUAAUCAGGCAAGCUCAAGAGAACUAAAACAUCGAAUUUAUACAAAUAAAAAUGGAAGUGUUAGGUACUGACCCUGAAUCUCAGCCUCAAAAGUUUGCUCUUCCGGUGGACUCGGAACACAAGGCAACUGAAUUCCGGUUAUUCUCAAUUGCAGCGCCGCAUAUGCGAGCAUUUCAUCUUUCUUGGGUAUCCUUCUUCGCUUGUUUUGUCUCCACUUUUGCUGCACCUCCCCUGCUUCCGAUCAUACGUGACAACCUCAACCUCACCGCCACCGACAUUGGAAAUGCAGGAAUUGCAUCAGUUUCCGGCGCAGUCUUUGCCCGGCUUGCCAUGGGAACUGCUUGUGACUUGUUCGGACCACGAAUUGCGUCCGCUUCUCUGUCCCUCCUCACUGCACCAGUGGUUUUCUUCACUUCCAUGGCCUCCUCCCCUAUUUCAUUCCUUCUAGUCCGCUUCUUCACAGGCUUCUCUUUAGCCACUUUUGUCUCCACCCAGUUCUGGAUGAGCUCCAUGUUUUCAGGUCCAGUAGUCGGAACAGCAAACGGUGUCGCUGGCGGGUGGGGAAACCUGGGUGGAGGAGCAACACAACUUGUCAUGCCACUUGUUUUCGGUCUCAUACGCGACAUUGGAGCAGUCGAAUUCACAGCUUGGCGUAUCGCGUUUUUCAUACCUGCUCUGUUUCAGACAAUAACAGCAUUAGCCGUCUUGAUUUUCGGCCAAGAUUUGCCAGACGGGAACUUCAAGAGGCUACAAAAUUCGGGGGAUAAAGCAAAAGACAAACUUCCUCAGGUCUUCUAUCAUGGGAUCACUAAUUACAGAGGAUGGAUAUUGGCAUUAACAUAUGGUUAUUGUUUUGGGGUGGAGCUGACAAUAGACAACAUAAUUGCUGAAUAUUUUUACGACAGAUUUGAUUUGAAACUCCACACUGCUGGAAUGAUCGCAGCGAGUUUCGGAUUGGCUAAUAUAGUUUCUAGACCCGCCGGAGGACUAAUUUCAGAUGCUGUGGCAAAGAGAUUUGGUAUGAGAGGUAGGUUGUGGGCAUUGUGGGUGGUGCAAACUUUAGGAGGAGUGUUAUGUAUCAUUCUGGGAAGGGUUGGAUCACUAGGUGCUUCAAUUGCAGUGAUGAUUGCCUUCUCUUUGUUUGUUCAGGCUGCCUGUGGCCUCACAUUUGGAGUUGUCCCUUUUGUCUCCAGAAGGUCAUUGGGAGUGAUAUCUGGCAUGACAGGAGGAGGUGGAAAUGUAGGUGCUGUUGUAACUCAAUUGAUUUUCUUCAAAGGUUCCAGAUACUCAAAAGAAACAGGAAUCAGUCUGAUGGGUGUCAUGAUCAUAUGCUGCACACUUCCAAUACUCUUUAUUUACUUCCCACAAUGGGGUGGCAUGCUUAAAGGUCCAUCUUCUAAAAGGAAUGGCAAAGCCACAGAGGAAGGCUAUUACUUGUCUGAGUGGAAUCAAAAGGAGCAAGAGAAAGGACUGCAUCAAGCAAGCUUGAAAUUUGCUGAUAAUAGCAGAAGUGAAAGAGGUGGAAAAAUAUUCUCUGGGCCCGCACCUUCAGAUGAUACAUCACCCACAAAUCUCUGAACUUUAUGCUUGGUUAAACCAAGCGAUGAAGUAACAAACAUCUCUAAGGUCCAGGAAUUAAUUUGUUCAAGCUGUCGAAGUCAUAAAGAAAGCCUGUUCUGCAUCGAAUAUUUCUUUACUCAAAGCUUCAUACAUUUCUGUCUUUUACCAGGACAUAUUUUAUGUUUCCACUUUGUGUUUUAUGUCAUCUAAGAUGGUUCUGUUUACUUUAGUGUCUUUUUUCUAUAGGUAAAUUUCUAGUGUGCAUAAAAACACAUAUCAUGUAACUCAUGAACACUUUCAAUAAGACGUGGACAGCUGUAAUUGUCGGA